AUGAAAGUUCUAGUGCUGUUGGCUUGUGUGGCGCUUGUAGCGGCCCGGCCCGAGCCGCCAGUUGGCGGGUACAGCCACAACCAGGGCGGACACUAUCAUCAUGGCGGUGGCCACGGAGGCCACGGUGGCUACAGCUACCAACAGCCGGCGGCGGCCCCCGUCCCACUGCAUUCUGGUUCGGUCGGCCAGUUCUCGGGCUCGGCCGCGGUAGCGACGGCCAGCGCCGGUGCCUCCUACGACACCCAGGUCCUGGGCGGAGGCGGUCUAUCGAGUUUCUCCGGUGCCGUUGCCGAUGCCGGUGCGCAGUCGUUCGGUGGCGCCGUGCAGUCCAACGUCCAAGCGGAGUCCUUCGGUGCUCCCCAGCAGCAGAUCGUACAGAAGCACAUCUACGUGCACGUGCCACCACCGGAGCAGCCGCAGACGUUCCAUCAGACGAUCAGCGCGCCGGCCCUCCGCCAGAAGCACUACAAGAUCAUCUUCAUCAAGACGCCAUCGGUUGAGUCGCAGGCCGCCCAGCUCGCCCUCCAGCAGUCGCAGACCGAGGAGAAGACCAUCGUCUACGUGCUGGUGAAAAAGCCGGAGCCACUCGCCGACAUCGCGCUGCCCGCCGCGGCCGUCUCCAAGCCGAGCAAGCCGGAGGUGUACUUCAUCAAGUACAAGACCAACUCGGAGGCUGUCGGCGGCGCUGCUUCCGCUGCCGGUGCUUCCGCUGCCGGCCUUGGGCUACUAUCGUCCAGCGGUUCUGCCUCCGCCAGUCACUCGCGAGCACCGCUUAUCACCGAAGGGUUGUUGCUUGUUUCCCCGUUUCCUCAAACAUUUUCUAUUUAUAACUCUUCGCUUUCUUUAUCCGUAGACUCGCCAGCCCAAACCUACGGAGCUCCCGGUGGCCAUGGAGGCUACCACUAA